AUGUUUCACCAGCCCUAACACUUACGGACGCAGAUGCGAGGACAGUGUCCAUUUAAUAUUAUUUAUUUGACUCUAAACGAGACGCUAUGCCAAUUUCAAAAAUAUAUCAUGAAAAGCAAACCAAGCAAUUAUGUGCACUCCACGCUCUCAACAAUCUUUUCCAAGAACAUAUUUACAAGAAGGAAGAACUGGAUAAUAUCUGCAGUAACUUAAGUCCGAACGUGUGGAUAAAUCCUCAUCGAUCCAUUCUUGGACUCGGAAAUUAUGAUGUCAAUGUUAUUAUGACCGCCUUAGAGCUACGAAAUUGUGAGGCCUUUUGGUUUGAUAAACGAAAAGACCCAUCUGAUAUUGACUUGGAAAAAAUUGUGGGUUUUAUACUCAACAUUCCAUCAGAGUACAAAAUCGGGGCCAUAUUAUUACCAUUGCGAAGGAGACACUGGAUAGCAGUACGUCGCAUAGGACAUAACUACUAUAAUCUGGACUCGAAACUUCGACAGCCUGAAUUGUUGGGCGACGUCCUCCAGUUUUUGCGCGGACAGCUUAAGGAAAAGGAAGAGCAACGUGAACUUUUUAUUGUAAGUUAUCGCAGCGACGACUGUAAUGAACCACCCCAGCGAUGCAUGAAAGAAUCACACGAGAUAGAUAAAACAACAGAUUCAACAUGAUCAUUUAAAACUAAGAUCUUUCCAGUCGACGAAGUGAAGUUAAGCAGCCUUACAGGCCGUGUGUGUAAAUUGUAAAAAGUUGUAUGUUUUUGGUUAGGAAUUAAUGACUGGAUAAAAUAUUAGUACAGUGUAACGAAAAUGCUAAUCCAGAAAGCCGAAUAUACUGGGUAUUGUCAAUCGGAGCCCAGAAUCUGUUCAGAAUAGUCAACAUAAAUAUAUUAUUAUAAUUAUAAUUAAACGUAACUAUACAUUUAUAAAAUGAAUUAAUUUAUGUAAAAAAAAAUCUAAGUUACGGUUUUCCAAGCAGCAUAAUAGAAAUUGAGAGCCACAUAUUUCUCUAUCUUGAUAAACUAAAUAUUAUGAUACAUAAUGAAAAAGGUAAUGAACUCAAAAUAAAAACAUUACGCUUAAAA